UUGUAUUUAUUUUUGGAAAUGGCCAAGGUGUCCAAAAUAAAUUAAGAACAGGAAAGAGAAGACAAUGAGAUUCAGAAUUUUAUUUUUGGAAACAUAAGGUUUAUUUGUUUCUUGUUUGUGUGUUACAAGUUGGAGUCUUGAAAUUCGGAUUCAAAAUCUUGGAAUUUGGAUUCAGAUACCAGCUUGCUUGGUAGAAUCUUGGGAUUCAAGAUUUUUCAAGGAAAGAACGCUUUGCCUUUAUUUUCAUGGUUUCCACUAAGAUUUAUAUCCCCAUUAUUAAGUAAUGUAUAAGAUUUAUACCCCAUAAUUAAGUAAUGUAUGUGAAUUUUGUUGAUUCUGUAUCUUGGUCAUUGCAGUCUCAAUCUUUUUUAGGGCAAGUUUUUCUCAAGAAGAUAGAACUUUUGGGUACAUUGAGAAUUUUCAACUUGAACUCCAGAUACAUAUCCAUGAAAUUUGAAUUGUUAAUGAUCUUUUCACACAAUAUUUCUCCAUGCAACUGGAGUCGGACUUCUUUUUGUCUACUUGAUCUGUGUAGAUCUAAAGGUUUUAUGAUCUUUUUGUGUGAUUUGGCAAUUCGGUUUAUGUUUGAUGAAUUGCUCAGAUGCGCAUUAUAAAAAAUUAUGCCAGAGUCUAUUUUCUUUCUUUUUAUUCAGAAAUGCACACAAAAUAGCAGGUUUUGUUUCUUGACGAUGGUAUCUAUUUGAGGGAAAUUUCCUGAUUUGUAGAUAAUUUUGAUGCAAAUUCUAAUGAGCCUAUAGUAAAAGUGGCGAGUGGGGUUAUCCUUUGAUGUCUCGUUUGGAGCAAAUAUCCCUUAUUCUUCUGAAGUGCAUUCCCAUUGCUUAUAAGUUACUUGCCGACUUUCUGUUUAAUGCUUUGUGCUGUUCUUAUCUACGGCUUGUAAAUAUGAAGAAGGAAAACAUACUUCCUUCUAAUUUUAGGCAACUUAAUGGUCCAAUAACACGAGCAGCUGCCUUGCGUGCUUCUGGGAAGAUGCCACCAUUAAAGGCAUCCUCAAAACAAGACCAAAAAAGGAUUUUGCGAGCAAAUCCAAAAAGAGCAGCCUUGGAUGAGAACAACACUAGUGGACCUGAUAAUGCAGGUAAUCAACGUAAGAGGAGAGCAGUGCUUCAGGAUGUCACAAAUGUUUGCUGUGAGAGUUCGUAUACGAGUUGCUUCAGUGCAACUAAAAUUCAGGCUAAGAUAGCCAAGCAGGCUAAAAAGGGUCAGCUCAAAGUAUCAAAAAUUGCCCCUUCAGUUGCUUUAGAACACCGACAUCUUAGAGCUAAUUCAAAGAAAAAAAAUAUUUGUCAAGAAGUAAAAAGAGUACCUUGCUCUGAAAUUGUAUGCUCAAGUACUCAAGAAAAAGAUGCAUCUUCUCAAACCAGUGGCAUAAGGGGGGUUGGCAUAGAUGAUCCUCAGCUUCCUAAUCAGUGUUCGAGAGUGCCUUCACAUUCCCAUAAUUCUCCGAAGAAAGAGAAAUGUAAUGUUUUGGAGAAUCAGAAGAUAUCAAAUGAUCAAGAAUUUAUAGACAUUGAUAGCGAUCACAAGGAUCCUCAACUUUGCAGCCUCUACGCUGCUGAUAUCUAUAGCAAUUUACGUGUUGCUGAGCUUGUCCGAAGGUCUCUUCCGACUUUUAUGGAAACAGUGCAACGAGACAUCACUCAAAGUAUGAGAGGGAUUUUAAUUGAUUGGCUUGUUGAGGUGUCUGAGGAAUAUAAGUUAGUGCCAGACACGCUUUACCUCACAGUAUAUCUCAUAGAUAGGUUUCUCUCUCAAAAUUACAUUGAAAGACAGAGACUUCAACUACUUGGUAUCACUUGCAUGCUAAUAGCUUCCAAAUAUGAAGAGAUUUGUUCGCCGCGAGUGGAAGAAUUUUGCUUCAUCACUGACAACACAUACACGAGCCUUGAGGUGCUAAGGAUGGAGACUCAAGUGUUAAAUUUUUUUGGCUUUCAAAUAUUUGCUCCCACUGCAAAAACGUUUCUGAGGAGAUUUUUACGUGCAGCACAGGCAUCAUACAAGAGCCCUAGCUAUGAACUAGAGUACCUGGCUGAUUACCUUGCAGAACUGACAUUAGUUGACUACAGUUUAUUGAAUUUUCUUCCUUCUGUCAUUGCCGCAUCAUCUGUAUUUCUUGCCAGGUGGACUCUGGAUCAGACAAGCCAUCCAUGGAGUCCUACCCUAGAAAAGUACACGUCUUACAAGGCGUCAGAUCUUAAAACUACAGUUCUUGCAAUGCAAGAUUUACAACUGAACACCAGUGGGUGUCCUCUGAAUGCCAUACGCAUGAAGUAUAGGCAACCGAAGUUCAAAUCUGUGUCUGCUUUGUCUUCUCCGAAACUGCUUGAAACGCUAUUCUGAAGAUAAACAGACUGGUUCCACGUUUUUGAAAGUGGUUGCUAACAUACACACAUCUCAAAAGAAGUUCCUCCUGGCUUUUAUUAUAUCCUUCAUGAGAUUGUAUAUGAUAUAUAAUCUGAAACCUUUUUACUCAAUAUAUACAUUCUGAUCCUUUUUUCUGUCCCCUAAAGUUGUGUAUAGAUUUUGAUGAUCUAUAUCAGGUUUUGGUGUUUCCAACUCGGGUAAUUUUAAGGAUAUAUCUAGUCUAAAAUGAGGGCUGUCAAGCUACCAUGGAUUUCAGUAAAACCAUCGAUAUUUCUUUCUCUUGCUUCUCUUAUCAACAGAGAAUUUAUUUGUUAGACUGUAAAUAGUGGAAGACAUGAUGCAAAACUGGUGAAGUGUAACUUCGGCAGCCUUUGCCCCAGUUAAGUUAA